UGCCCUGAAUCACUAGACCAAUAGGAGUCGUCCAUGGGCGGGGCUUGAGUGUUUACUGUCUCAUUGACUGUUAGUCGUUGGGUAUGUUGACAAGAUGGAGUUCUUGCUGGGAAACCCAUAUAGUACUCCGGUGGGACAGUGCAUUGAAAGGGCCACAGAUGGCUCACUACAAAGUGAAGACUGGACCUUGAAUAUGGAAAUAUGUGACAUAAUCAAUGAAACAGAAGAUGGGCCUAAGGAUGCUAUGAGAGCUGUGAAGAAGAGGCUUAAUGGGAAUAAAAACUACAGGGAGGUGAUGCUUACGCUGACGGUUCUUGAGACAUGUGUGAAGAACUGUGGGUACCGGUUCCAUGCACUCGUCACCACCCGGGACUUCAUUGAUGGUGUUUUGGUGAAAAUCAUAUCUCCUAAAAAUAACCCACCUGCCAUAGUGCAGGACAAAGUACUAGCUUUGAUACAGGCAUGGGCAGAUGCCUUCAGGAGUAGUCCAGAUUUGACUGGAGUAGUCCACGUCUAUGAAGAAAUGAAGAGGAAGGGUAUAGAGUUUCCUCAAUCUGACUUGGAGACCUUGUCCCCCAUUCACACACCACAACGGCAGCAAAGUGUUCCAGAGUUGGACCAGCAGAAAUAUAGCGCCCCAGUCCAGCCCAAGCCACAGCCACAGCCCCACCCUGCCUCUGCUCCUCCUUUCUCUGCCCCUGUGACCCACACUUCCCCACAGUUGCCCAAUCUGCACAUGUCUGGGCCCAUCAACCCUUCCCCUGAACAGAUUUGCAAGCUACGCAGUGAGCUCGACAUUGUACGUGGGAACACUAAAGUGAUGUCGGAGAUGUUGACCGAGAUGGUUCCCGGUCAAGAGGAUCCGUCCGAUCAUGAGCUUCUUCAGGAGUUAAACAGAACGUGCAGGGCCAUGCAGCAGAGGAUAGUUGAGCUCAUCUCACGUGUGUCCAAUGAGGAAGUCACAGAGGAGCUCCUGCACGUCAACGAUGACCUCAACAACAUCUUCCUACGAUAUGAGAGAUACGAGAGAUUCCGGUCUGGCCGAACUGCUCAAGGCGUAAACAACGGGGUCCUGAAUGAGGCGACAGAAGAUAACCUGAUUGAUCUAGGACCAGGGUCUCCUGCAGUGGUCAGCCCCAGGAUCAGUGCUACUCCUCCGUCCAGCUUGCCUCCCUCUGUGGCUCCGAUUCGCUCCGCCUCACCAGUCACUCUCUCCUCCAGACUGGCUGUUUUGGAUGUCGGUUCUGACAGUGUGAGUGGCACCUUGAGCUCUUUGACUACCUGUCAACCCCAAGAUGACUUUGACACGUUUGCCCAGACCAGGACUGGCACCAUACCUGAGAGGAAGAACGCACCAUUCGAAGACACAAAGGCUUCAAGUGGAGUUGCACCGACUUUGGAUGUCAGACAACAACACACUGGGGCAGCUCUUGACCAGUCCUCUGUCAUGGAUGACAUUGAGGAGUGGCUCUGUACUGAUGUGAAAGGAGAUGAAGGAGAAGAGGGUGUGACAAGUGAAGAGUUUGACAAGUUUCUGGAGGAGAGAGCCAAAGCAGCAGAGAUGGUGCCCACGCUGCCGUCACCCCCGAGUGACGAGCUUUCUGCUGCUGCCGCCGGCGCUUCUGCAAACGCGAGUAAAAAGGCAGGCAGGUCCGAGGACUCUGUCUUCGCCUUGUAGAUAGGUGUCAGAUCCUCUGGGGCGGCCCAGCACUGCUCAUGUGGCAGUGAUGGGUCAGCCGCUUUGCAGAUCUAUCAGCGUCUCCUCUUUCUCUCCUGCUUCCUGCUUCUCUAGCACAAUCAACACUACCACACCUGAAGUGAUCAAAACUGUUUCAUGAUCUAGACAUUUUCAUAAUGGACAUUUUCAUACUCUACCAAGUUUUCAUUCCAUUGAAAAUACUGUAUAAGAUCCACUCAUAACUCCCUCUAAAAGCAUUACCGUUCCUUGUGGGUUCGAGAGUUCAAUGUCUAUUUUUUUAAUUGAUAUUUGUGGUAUAAAGCAAGGAAGUUCUUGUAAAGUCUACUACCAGAUCCGGUCAUGUCUAACUUUGUGUUCACUGUGGUCCUGCAUGCAACAGCUGGAUAAUCCAAUUUCUCUUUCCUCAUUAAUUAUCUAUUUUUUUGUUUUGUUUUUUAUUUACUUGAUGAUUUGCUUUAAAGGGAUGUUAUACAUAGGAUUAUUUAUUAUAAAAUUUCCAAUUAAUACCUCUGACAAGAUGAAAGCUGAUGGUAGCAGUUCAGCUGGCAAAUUUAAGAUUUUUGUGUCAUAUUAUCAGAAACUCUUACCAGUUGUUAAAUGAGACAUGACUAUGAAGAGAGAGAAGUUUUAAGCAUUUAUUCGAAUUAUAACACAUUUUGCUUAAAAGUGACAGAAGUGACGUGUUUGUACCACGUCUCUGAACUACAUAAGUCACAUCAAAAUGAUUUGUAUAGCGCUUUUCACGAUACAAAUCGUUGCAAAGCAGAGGGAAAAUGAUAUGAUUAAAAUUUCACUGGAUACUUUUAAAUGCUAUUUUACCUGGCAAAACCAUUGCCUAUUAGAAAGGAUUAAUAGGAACAAAAAGUAUGCAUUUCAAUUUAAUUUGCACUGAAAGAAUUAUUCGCCUUUCGGCUGUGUUAAAAGAGCUUUUGUUCAAAUACAAAAUUUAAGCUGUCGUUCAUUUCAGCGCUGUCUAUUACGAGGCCGAAAACAAAUGGACUUUCCAGAGAACUGAUGGUGACUGCGAGGCAGUUUAAAUUGGAUUUUAUGUUGCACAACUGCAGCAGAAGUGGUGUCGAGCUUAAUGUUAUUAUAGGGAAUGAAAUGGAUCUGCCUUAAAGAACUGGUUGUAGGUAGAUUAAGGUGUAGUCCACAUUUAACGUUUGGUACUCUCGUGUUUGCACAUCAGAGAUUUGAUUUAGUGAGGUGAAUGUGCUGAUGUAAUAUCUUAGUUUGAGUGCUGUGUCUCGCUGUUGUGUACAUGCUGUUUUGACGGACCAAAUGUUUAACCUUAGCAAAUAAUUUAAGUGUAGAGUCAACUAACUUAUGACAUACAGUACAUUGCUUUUAUCGUCCAGAGGAGUUUUAGUUAUGUUUGUAUUUGAUUUUGUUUGUUGAUUUGGGUGAGCACAAAUCAAAGGGACAGUGCACUUUUGCAUGGCUAAUUAUUUUAUAUGAUUUGUCACACUACACAAAAUAUGUAUUAUGAACCCCAGAUCUAUCGAGUAACUAAGCUUUGGCCCUCUUGCACUCAUAAUUUCAGUUUGAAAACUGGGGAUCGCCGCCUUUGGCAGAAUUAUUGGGAGUUCAUUGCGCUGUGUUUGUGAACUGGAGCUGUUAGGACAGUGUAAGGGAAACAGUUUAGGGAUCAGGAAUCAGUGAUAUUCAGUCUAUUAGUUUGGUAUGUUUUAGAAGAGCUAAGAAGAAAUUCAAGGAUCGCUGUAGCAGGGAUGCAGCUCGAUUAUGCACAAGCAUUAAUACUAAAAUUGUAUGGCUACUGUCUAUUUUUGUUGAUAACAGGAGAUUUGAGGGAUACGGUUGGUGGUCACAAUUGACAAGUUUCUUUCAUGAAAUCUGUAUCUCCUUCUACUUUUCUAAUAUGCACACUAAACUACGCUCAAAUUUUACCUCCUAUGGAUGUUAACCAUCCCAUUUAAAUGCUGUUGUUAUUGUUUUUGACACUAUCGCUGAAAUGGUUCAUCUUGGAUUAAAUCACAUGAUUUUAAUUGAAGUUAUUUAUCAGUUUAUCAGCAUCUACCUUGAAUGAAUUUUCAGCAAUUGUGCAAUUUCAUCAAUUAAUGCUGCACUACGGUUUGAUUUAUUUUAAAUUGUUUUAGCUGUAAAUUAGUCUCCGUAAUGUACAGUUUGAGAAAGCAGAACAUUUAUUUAGUAUCUUUUUUUUUUUUUUUUUCUUU